AUGGUGGAUGCACUCGAAUUUGGAGAUGUUUUCACUGAAGACAUGGGAGUUUUGAACCCCGGGCGUGUAAAGCUUGCCGAAUCGAUGAUCCAGUUCAAAAACGAGAAGACCGGAAAGUUGAGCACAAUCAAUGCCUCAGAUUUGGAUGGCUUGAAUUGGCAGAGGCUUGGGAAUCGACCAGGUAUCAAAAUGCGUUGUUCUGACGGGAAGAAAAUCCGCUUUGGUGGCUUCAAGGAUUCGGACCUGGAUAAAAUCAGGCAGUUUGCUCAGAAAAAUUGGCAUAAGGAGGUGGAACAUAAUGACCUCGUGCUAAAGGGUUGGAACUAUGGGAACUGCCAAGUCGACGGACAAUCCGUCGAGUUCACCCUGGAUAACAAACCAGUAUUUGAAGUUCCGCUUUCAAAUGUCGCUAACUGUGUCGGAAAUAAAAGCGAAGCAACACUCGAAUUCCAUCAGAAUGACGACUGUCCCACGUCUCUCAUUGAAAUGCGCUUCCACAUGCCUGCAGAUGUAGAAGAUGAGGAAUCCGACCCCGUUGAGGAGUUCCGUAAAGCUGUAAUGGCCUUCGCCGGGAUUGAAACUGAGACUGGGCAACCUGUUGCUUCAUUGCAACAGAUCCUAUGUACUACUCCUCGAGGACGGUACGAUAUCAAAGUGUUUCCGAAUCACUUGUCUCUUCAUGGAAAAACUUACGAUUACAAGAUUCCUAUCAAGACAAUCAUGCGUCUUUUCCUUGUUCCCUCACAAAGAUGGCAGACACAGGACGGUACGAUAUCAAAGUGUUUCCGAAUCACUUGUCUCUUCAUGGAAAAACUUACGAUUACAAGAUUCCUAUCAAGACAAUCAUGCGUCUUUUCCUUGUUCCCUCACAAAGAUGGCAGACACGUGUACUUUGUUAUUUCCUUGAAUCCACCGAUCCGUCAAGGGCAAACUCGUUACCAUUACCUCGUACUUGAGUUUCUCAAAGAAGACGAGAUCGACCUCGAACUUGGACUAACAGAGCAGCAACUUAACGAUCAGUAUGGUGGGAAAUUGGAGAAGGAACUUUCUGGUCCGCUUUACGAGGUUGUUUCGAAAAUCUUCCGUGUUUUGAUAAAUAUGAAGAUCACUGUUCCAGGAAACUUCAUCGGGCAUUCUGGUACUCCAGCCGUCAUGUGCGCACAUAAACAAGCAUCUGGAUUCCUCUAUCCUUUGGAGAAAGGUUUCCUUUAUAUCCACAAGCCACCGAUGUAUGUUCGAUUUGAAGAGGUUGCAUCAGUUCACUUCGCACGAUCUGAUGUCUCUACACGUUCAUUCGAUUUUGAAAUCGAGCUGAAGGCUGGUCAGGUUGCAUCAGUUCACUUCGCACGAUCUGAUGUCUCUACACGUUCAUUCGAUUUUGAAAUCGAGCUGAAGGCUGGUCAGGUGUUGGUGUUCAACAGCGUCGAGAAGGAGGAGUACAACAAGCUAUACGAUUAUGUACAGAACAAACAUUUGCGCAUUCGUAAUGCUAAAAAGAUGGACAAAAAUUAUGCUGAGGAUCGAUUUGCUGGUUCGGAUGAUGAGAUCGACCCAUACAAGGAGACAGUGAAAGCAGAAGGAAAGGAGCGUGCUGGCGCGGAUUCUGAUGAUGACUCGGAUUCUGAGGACGAUGACUACGACCUCGAUGAAGAUAUUAAGAAACGUAAACAAAAUCGCGAAUCAAGUGAGGGAAGUGGCUCAGAACCGGAUGAAGAAUUUGACUCCGAUGCGGGGUCCAGUGAUGAAAGUGGCUCCGGUGGUUCAGAUGAUGAAGGAUCACCUAAGAAGAAGAAAAAGGAAGGUGAUUCUGUAGCUGACGUUGCGAAGCGAGCUGGAGAGAUGUGGAAGGCUAUGGAUGCAGAAUCCAAAGCGCCAUGGGAAAAGAAAGCAGCUGCGGACAAAGAGCGAUACGAUGCUGAGAUGAAAGAAUUCAAGAAGACAGGUGCUAAGGCGUCCUUCUUCAGAAACUACUUCCAAGAAAUCCACUGGACCGAAUAUAUCAGUGACAGCGAUGAUUCUGACGACGAUGAUGACAAGCCACUGAGACCCAAGGAAAAGAAGGAGAAAGAAGUGAAAAAGGAGGUCAAAGAGGAGACGAAUUCUGAUGUCAGUGAUUGA